GCGGAUCUCUUCUUCGCUGCGCGCCGGGGACGCGCGCGCGUGGGGCCGUGCGCGGCACGCUCCCCCUCCCCCCGCCGCACCCCAUCCAAAGACAAAACCACGAGCCCUCCCGGUCCCGGACGAUGAUGAAGCUCAAGUCGAACCAGACCCGCACCUACGACGGCGACGGCUACAAGAAGCGUGCCGCCUGCCUGUGCUUCCGCAGCGAGAGCGAGGACGAGGUGCUGCUCGUGAGCAGUAGUCGCCAUCCAGACCGAUGGAUUGUCCCUGGAGGAGGCAUGGAGCCCGAGGAGGAGCCGAGCGUGGCAGCAGCGCGGGAAGUAUGUGAAGAGGCUGGCGUGAAAGGGACAUUGGGAAGAUUGGUUGGAAUUUUUGAGAACCAGGAGAGGAAGCACAGAACGUACGUCUAUGUGCUUAUUGUCACCGAGGUGCUGGAGGACUGGGAGGACUCGGUCAACAUCGGAAGGAAGAGAGAGUGGUUUAAAAUAGAAGACGCCAUAAGAGUGCUUCAGUACCACAAGCCUGUGCAAGCCUCAUACUUCCAGACGCUGCGGCAAGGCUACUCAGCCAACAACGGCACCCCAGUCCCCACGUACUCUGUUUCUGCCCAGAGCUCCGUGUCAGGCAUCAGAUGACUGCAGACUGACUGACUGUGAGAGCUGCGGCGUGGGAAGCAGGCUGAAGCGUGGGUCCUCUUUCUCACCCGCUCCUUCCACCCCCUCACAGGCCUCUCUUUCACAAGGCUUGGUGGGCAGCCGAGAGGGUCCUGACAGCGCUGCUGCUGGGUGUGGAAUGACGGGCCUGUUUGUCUUUCCUGAGGGUGGGCUGGGGGUAACUCGUGAGUACUUCGUGCAUGAUCUGUCCCUCCUCUCUGCCCACUCUACCCUUCUGAGCGAGGGGUUGCUUUGCCCUCCUUGGGUCCUGAAGUGUUCCCAUUCGUCUCAUCCAUCCCUAGCCAGACAUUUUCUCUGAUUUUUAAUUUUUUUAUUAAGAUACCCUAUGAGAUAAAGCUUCCUAAGAAUGUCCUGUGAUGUGCUUGGAGUCUGGUAGGCUGGUCACUUUCCCUGCAGGAUACAUUUAUCUACACAUUAUAUACUGGACAUAUAAUAUGUAAAUAAAUGACUUUUAGAAAGAGGAGCUUAAAUGUUUAAGUUUUUAAGGUUUUGUUUUUGUUUUUGAUUCUGGGUAUUCUGAUCUGGAGUUCCUCACAAUUACUUUGCGUUUUUAUUUUUGAUGCUAGCAGCGAGGCGCCUUUCUCUGUCGCGUUCUCCCAGCGACAGGCUGUAGUUGGGGAGGUUCAGGGAGAGCCUUCCUCAUGUCCCCGGACACACAGCCACCUUUCUCGGCUGUCUCCACACAACGAAAGACAGGAAAACCUGCUCCUAUUGAAGCCCAGCCUUGGCCCAGGUCCUGAGAAGCAUGUUCAGGGAUUGAAUUCAGUCCCAUAGGCUCACAAUAGGAUUUGAGCUGUAUGCUUUUACUGGCGCAGAAACUGGAGCAUCAAGCACCAUCUCUGAUGGCCCGCUCUUCUCCAUAGUGCUGCUUGCUGCCGGCCUUGACCUCUCUCUCUUGCCUUACACCACUCUCACCUGGACAUGGUCCUGUGCCCUGGAGCACAGCCCUGCCCUCGUGCCAGGUGACCAUGUUACAGCCACAAGUGUGCAGAGGAGGCGUGCUGUCUGUAACCGGGGAGCACUUGACAUUGCAUAGGAGCACACUCUGCACGGGAUGGGAAAGGCCACGGCGUGCCCUAGCGUGGCCGUGUAAUCGAGCAGCUUGCUGCGGGCCAUGUGUUGGCCUUUAGGACAGGCUUUGUGCUGGCCUCACCUGCCACUUGUGGUGUCUAGUUGGGAAGUAAAACGGUUGUGAAAGGGUUGUGAGUGGGGGUAGGGCACUGAUCAAACCCUGGCCUGACACGAGAGGUCAGUGCACUUCCUUCAUGGUGUCUCCUGUGGCCAAGCAGAGCCAAGGCGUGGGGCUGAAGUAGUCAUUCUCUUUAUUUCCAAUGUCUAAUAAAUACUCAGACUUGCAA